GUGGUUCACACUUAACACCCACAAAACCGGCCACCGAUUCCUUCUCUCUCUACUUUUGUCAAAAAUAAGUCUAGAGAGAGAAAGAGCAAUUGUCGCCAUUAAUAAAGCUCCACUCCUGUUUCUUCUUCAACUCCAAUUUCACAAUAAUAAUCGAAACCCCUGUUUUCAAUUAUGUUUUUUUCUUGCUAAUUUCCCUCAUUUUCCCCACCGUUUUCCUCCCAAUUUCGAUCAUCUUGUUGCUGUUUUGUUGCAUCUGAUGUUUAAUUUCGACUCAAUUAACCAUCAAUCACCAAUAAAUUCUUCUAAUUUCCUCCACCCCACAUACUCUUGUUCAUUUUCCCGUUUAAAUUUCAUCAAAUUCCGUUUCAAAAUCUGAUCUUUUUUCCCCAAUUUUGACCCACAAAAUGGGGGAUCGGUUACGAUCAUCUACACUUGAAGACUUGCCGUUGCAUUUGAUUCUUGAGAUUUUGACAUCUGGGUGUCGGUUAAGUGGGUCGGAUCUUGUCUGUUUGGAGCUUACUAGUUCGGUUUUUAGAGGCACUCAUGGGUUUGAUAAUCAAAAGUCAAAGUCUUUGGUUGACUUUGCUGCUUUUCAGCUUUGUAGGUCUCAUGUUGUUUAUAAUUGCUUGAGUUUUAAGGCUCAGGAUGAACUUGUGGGUCGGUGUGGUCAAAAUUGGAAAAGGGUUUUGAGAUUUUUGCAGUCUGUGAAUCAGUCUUCAGAUGUUGUUCUUACCACUUCAGGAAAUAAUAUGCAAAUUAGAAGUGGAAGGUAUCACACAUUGUUGAUUAAAGAUGCAACUGUUUACUCAUGUGGUUCAAGUUUAUGUGGUGUUCUUGGUCAUGGUCCGGAAACUACACAAUGUGUCGCGUUUACGCCGAUUAAGUUUCCACAUCCGGCCCAUGUUACGCAUGUUUCGGCCUCGCAUAAUCAUGCCGCGUUUGUCACACGUUUGGGAGAGGUUUUCACAUGUGGUGACAAUUCGUCGUUCUGUUGUGGGCAUAGCGAUACAAAUCGUCCAAUAUUCAAGCCUCGGCUUGUCGAAUCAUUAAAGGAAGUCCCUUGCCAACAGGUUGCUACAGGGGUUAGCUUUACUAUGUUUUUAACAAAUGAUGGUCAAGUUUACACGUGUGGGACGAGCGGACACGGUCAGCUCGGUCACGGUGACACCUUGGACAGACCAACACCAAAACUUGUGGAAUCGCUUGUAACCGUUGGUCCAGUUGUUCAUAUUGCUGCUGGUCCAAGCUAUGCGCUUGCUGUCACUAGUGAUGGAACCAUUUAUUCGUUUGGGUCUGGAACCAAUUUCUGUCUUGGUCACGGUGAGCAGCAUAGCGAACUUAACCCGAGACCGGUGCAGUGGUUCAGGAGAAAAGGGAUUCAUAUUGUUCGCGUGUCUGCUGGUGAUGAACAUGUUGUUGCACUUGAUUCUAAUGGUUAUGUUUACACAUGGGGAAAAGGGUAUUGUGGUGCACUUGGCCACGGUGACGAGAUCGAUAAAACGACCCCUGCGCUCCUUGCGAGCCUCAAAACUCACCUUGCGGUUCAGGUGUGUGCAAGCAAGCGAAAGACGUUUGUGUUGACGGAUAAUGGAUGUUUAUACGGAUUUGGAUGGAUGGGAUUCGGGAGUCUAGGGUUUCCGGAUAGAGGGGUAUCGGAUAAAGUUUUGAAACCGAGCAUGCUUUACAGUCUAAAGGGUCAUCAUAUAUCGCAAGUGAGCACGGGUUUGUAUCACUCGGUUGUAGUGACAAACGAAGGUCGGAUAUUUGGAUUCGGAGACAAUGAACGAGCGCAACUCGGGCAUGAUAAGUCGAGAGCUUGUCUCCACCCGACUGAAACCUCGGUUGAAGAAGCAAGUGAACAUGGUGUUUGUUGAUAGAUAGUUGCUGGUUUUGUUUGUUUUAGAUAUUAUUGCAAUAAUCAAGAUUGUUUGUGUGGAUUUGAGGCAAGUUAUGAUGGCUUGUUUUAUAAUAAUUAUUUAAAAUCUCUAUUGAUGUAUGUUUUACAUCAAAGAGAAUAUUAUAAACUUCUGUAACCAUGUAAACUAUCAUAUGAAACAAAAGCUUCUGAGGUAA